GUUCCGAUCUCUAGUUGUGUACGGUACCUACAUGCCUUUAGCGGAAGCUGGUUCCCCUCUACGUUCACUUCUCAACUUUGAGAAGCUGACGCAACUUCAGAUCGCAUUUCGAAAGACAACGACUUUUUUUGAAGACAGUGGUGCUAUAACCACUGCCGAGUCGCUGAUCCGACGGUUCAAGAAGACGCUGCAGACUCUUACCUUAAAUACGUAUCUCUAUGGUCAGGAUUAUCUUCAGCUCACUAAUCAGUCCUUUUAACACAGUAAUUGCAGCGCCUCUGUUAACACUUAUUGAUGCUAAAAGGGUCCGUCGUCUGAAAUUCGAACUGUACUCGAUGAAAUGGGAAUCGUGGUUGAGAAAUUGGCUCAAAUGGCUAAUCGACUCAUUUUCACUUUCGGACCUGCUCGAAAUCAUCGAGCUCGAAGAAUGCACGUUCACUUUGACCGGAUUCUGGCACACUAGCGACCUUUAUAGGUACGCCGCACUUUGGUGCCAAUUGGAUUCAGUUCUGGCUUCGCGCUGUCGUAUUCAGCGGCUGGUGGUACAACUUCAGCCCGUCUAUCCAGGGUUACCGUCGCCAUCUGUCAAACUCGUUGCAGCAUUAUUUCCCUUUGUGCGAUCCUCUGCUAGUCUGGUCGUAGAAAAAUUAGGUCUACCGACGGUCUUGGAUUUGACAGAACUUUCCUUGUUGGAUAUGUGAUGGUGAUAUGAUCGCGCCUCAACCUUCUGGGUACACAUCUUUAGAAGAAGCGCCGUUAAAUAUUUGUUCAUCCGGUUAAUCAAAAGACGUGGGCCCAUCGCGGUAGAGAAUCAAAUUCCCCUUACCUUUGUCUCGGUGUCUGCCACUUCGGUUAUAGUCCCGAAUUCAUAUACAUUUAAACAUUUGACGACGGUUCGUUAUACAGAAUCGGUACCUUAAUUUCAG